GCGUCCCCGCCGCGCCGGAGCCCGAGCGCUCCUCGCUCCCCGUCUCCUCACUUCGCCUCCUCUCCUCCUCUCGCAAGCAUCCAGAACUAUAGCGCAACCGUCCCCAUCACUCUUUUUUUCCUCCCCUCCUCCUCUUUUCUCUCACCGCCAGAGCUCUCUCUCCACUGCGUCUCUCACCCCUUUGCUCCCCCUCACCACCAUCACCACCACCCCUCCACCACCCCGGCUCAGUCCCUCACUCCUCUGACGCACGACAGGGAAACGAACCCGAGGAAAGAAAGAGAAAAAGACUGAAAAAAAGAAGAGGAAAAAAAGAAAAAGAGAGAAAAAAAAAGAGCAGCAGCUGACCCAAGCCGUCGAUAUGAUGAUCCACGGAGUCCUGCCACCGCCGCGCCGGACGGAGACGCGGUCCUGAAACCGAGAGGAGGACACUCUCACCCGGCCGCACUGUUGUUGAGCGCUCGCCCGGGGGGCGGCGACGGCGGCGGCGGCUGAGGAGAAAGGGGAGGAGGACGAGGAGGAGGAGGAGAGGGGAGGAAGAGGAAGCGGACGGGCACAAGUCGAGGGCUUGCAUUUUAAGCAAACUGUUUAGAAGAGAAGAGAAGAGAGAGAGAGAGAGAGAGAGAGAGAGAGAGAGAGAGAGAGAGAAGGGGGACAGAGUCGGAGUCACCGGAGAGCGAGAGAGUGGGGGAGAUUGCAUUCCUAUCACGUCUUCAUUUCUCCUCUCUCCUCUCCUUUUGCCUAAGCCACUGAGUGAGAGAGGGUGAGAGAAGAGAGAGGGAGAGAGGGAAGAAAGAAAGAGAGAGAGAGAGAAAGAGGGAGGGAGAGAUCUAACAAGAUUCACACCAGUGGUCUUUUUUUCCCCUCGAUGCUUUCCAAUUGCAGUGCGAAAGUAAGCCCGGCAUCGGACGGUGAGCGGGACGCACCGGGCGACGACCGAACAACACACCGCAGGAGGAUAUGUGAAGUUGGAAUCCCACUAAACUAAUGCUGUGAAGUGGCUCUGUCCCUGGAGCCGACACUUCAUCCCCUUGGUGUCAGCGAGGAUGCUGUGGGUUACCUUGCUGAGCACCAUAGCCUUAGGAUGGACCACCCCGAUCCCACUACUAGAGGACUCCGAGGAGAUCGACGAGCCCUGCUUCGAGCCCUGCUACUGCGAGGGCAAAGAGGGCAUCUUCCACGUCCACUGUGACAGCAAAGGAUUUACAAAUGUGAGCCAGAUCUCCCAGAUAUGGAGUCGGCCCUUCAAGCUCAAUCUGCAGAGAAACUCCAUGAGGAAGCUUUACUUUAACAGCUUCCUUCAUCUCAACAACGCCAUAUCCAUUAAUCUGGGUAACAACGCCUUGCAAGACAUCCACGCCGGAGCGUUCAAUGGCUUAGGAAUACUCAAACGGCUGUUCCUACACGAAAACAAAUUAGAGGUUUUUCGGAAUGACACUUUUCUGGGGCUGGAGAGUUUAGAGUAUCUCCAGGCGGACUACAAUGUUAUCAAACGGAUUGAAAGUGGUGCAUUCAGGCACCUUCACAAAUUGAGAGUGCUCAUACUAAAUGACAAUCUGAUCCCAGUGCUCCCAAACUAUCUUUUCCGGUCUGUGUCGCUCACACAUCUGGACCUGAGAGGAAACAGAUUAAAGACGUUGCCAUAUAGGGGCAUGCUGGAGUACAUCGGGAGGAGCUUAAUGGAGAUCCAGCUGGAGGAGAACCCCUGGAACUGUGUGUGUGAGAUUGUCCAGUUAAAAACGUGGCUGGAGAGAAUCCCUUAUACAGCUCUGGUGGGCGAGAUCACAUGUGAGUACCCAUUCCACUUACAUGGCAAAGACUUGCGGGAAAUCAAGCGCAGUGAGCUCUGUCCACUGCUCACUGACGCCGAGAUAGAGGCCAAGCUGGGAAUUCCCCGGGUCCCAUUCAGAAACGAGAACGCAUGGCCCACUAAACCAUCCUCCAUGCUCUCCUCCUUUCACAACACGGCGUCUUCUGUGGAAAGAGUUAUCAAGCCUACCAAAAGACCUCGACCCACGAAGAACCCCCCAACCCCUCGUAGCAUCUACCCCGGCAUGAACCAGCCCCCCAUCGCUGGCUACCAAACACGGCCUCCCAUCCCAAUAAUUUGUCCGGCAGGAUGUACCUGCAACCUUCACAUCAACGACCUGGGGCUAACAGUGAACUGCAAAGAGAAAGGCUUUCACAACAUCUCCGAGCUCCUGCCUCGGCCCCUCAAUGCCAAGAAAUUGUAUCUCAGUGGGAACCUAAUACAGAAAAUCUACCGUUCUGAUUUCUGGAACUUCUCAAGUUUGGAUUUACUGCAUUUAGGGAAUAAUCGGAUAUCCUACGUCCAGGAGGGCGCCUUCAUCAACCUGCCAAACUUGAAAAGUUUAUAUCUGAACGGGAACGACAUUGAGCGACUCACCCCGGGGAUGUUCCGGGGCCUUCAGAUGUUGAGUUAUCUCUACUUUGAGUAUAAUGUCAUACGUGAGAUACAACCUAACUCCUUCUCCUUAAUGCCUAACCUCCAGCUGGUUUUCCUCAAUGACAACCUGUUGCGCUCCCUCCCCACUGACGCCUUCGCUGGCACCAACCUUGCACGCCUCAACCUCCGAAACAACUACUUCCUUUCCAUGCCUGUGCCCGGUGUUCUGGAGCAUCUGACCUCCAUUGUCCAGAUCGAUCUCCAUCAGAACCCCUGGGACUGCUCCUGUGAUAUCAUCCCCCUCAAGCAGUGGCUGGAAAAGCUCUCCUCUGUCAUUGUGGUUGGAGAUGUCAUCUGCAAGACACCAGAGUUUGCUUUUGGGAAGGACCUGCGUUCGCUGGAGGUGGAGGUCAUCUGUCCUGAGCUCAAGUAUUCUUCAGGCCCCUCGCCGGCCCUGCCUGGUGGGGAUGACCUCACCACGGGCAGCUCUGACAUGGGGGAGGCAGGUGGGAGAGGGGCUGUCCCACUGUCUGUCCUCAUCCUCAGCCUACUCAUCCUCUUCAUCUCCGCUGUGUUUGUGGCUGCCGGGCUUUUCGCUUUUGUUCUCCGUCGAAGGAAGAAGCUCCCCUACCGGAAGCGUUCAGAAGUGGAUCUGACCGGGAUCCAAAUGCAAUGCAGGAUUUUCGAGGACCCACCGAGGCAGAGCAGUGCCGGUAAUACUGGCACACCGGAGAAACCGGCGCCCAGCAUGCACACACACACUCACACUAGUCACACACAUGCCCACGGUCACGUUUAUGAUUACAUCCCCCACCCUGUGACUCAGAUGUGUAACAACCCCAUCUAUAAGCCUCGAGAGGGGGAGAUAGCGGAGGAAGACAGAGCGCAGUUUUCAGAGAAGAAAGACAAUGGCAGCAGUAGCAACAGUAACUACAGAACCUUGUUAGAGAAAGAGAGGGAGUGGACCCUGGCCGUCUCCAACUCUCAACUCAACACCAUCGUCACAGUCAACCACUCCACAGCUGACAUGGCAGGAUUUCAUGAGAACGGAGGGCUCUGCCCUACAGUAAUUGACAGUCAGAGGCCCACGCCAACAGUGGGCUUUGUAGACUGUUUGUAUGGGACGGUGCCCAAACUAAAGGACAUGCAUGUGGCGCAUGCGCAUCCACCAGGCAUGCAGUACCCGGAUUUGCAGCAGGACGCACGGCUGAAGGAGACAUUGCUUUUCACGGCGGGGAAAGGCUGCUACCCCGACCCGUCCCAAAGCGAUUACCUCGAGUUAAGGGCCAAACUUCAAACCAAGCCGGAUUACCUCGAAGUCUUGGAAAAAUCUUACCGGUUUUAACAUCUCUAGCCCAUGGAGGGGAAAAAAAAGAAAGGAAAAAAAAAAAACAACACAAAAUCAACACAUUCACUUUUGCCACACUCAAAGCAAAACCAACCCAAAACUAAUAUGAAAAAAUAAACUUGAAAAAGCAGCAUGAUAAAAUAAAAAUAUUAUAUUACAGUUACAACAAAGUUCCCCCCCCCCAAAAUCACUUUGGAGGAGAGGCCAUUCUCAGAUAUUUCAAUGAAGUGCCUUUUUUUCAGAGUAGCCAGCAAUGUCAACAGCCGUUAUUUUUAUAAUAUAUAAAUAUCUCUAUAUGCCCAGAGAGAGAGAGAGAGAGAGAGCAAGAGAGGAAUGAGAGGGGCACCGGGGAAUAAAACAUACAAAACAUCCUAAAAUACAUCUGUCACUUAAACCCCUUUUUGUGGAGUUACCAUGACGUGCAAGACAAACGGGAGCUGGACGUCUCCCUGACUUGGGGGUUUCCCUUUCUGUCUCUUUUACCCCUGACUAGGAUGUACAAACACCCGGAGGCCGUGCACAUAAAGUUUGUAGGAAAUGAUCGAAAGGGAGAAAAAAAAAUAAUACAUAUAUUAAAAAUAUGAACUGCAGUUUGCUGCAUGCACUCGCUUCAGUGCAGGAAGCGGGGGGAUUUACUCAGAACUCUCACAUCACAUUAUGAACAGAGAUACUGCAACGCAUUUACAGUUCAGUGUUCUAUUUAAUUUUUAUAUCUUAUUAAUAUGGUUAUUACUAUCAAUGAGGACUUCUGUCUAUAUCAGGGUGCUUCUCGUAAAAAAGGACGCGCCGACGUACGGAUGGUAAAACAUUUGUGAAUAUUAUUAUAAGACGACGCUCAAGGUUUUCUGGAUAUUUCCACGCACUUUGUUGACCCCUCCCACGACCCCACCCCUCCUCCUCCCCCUCCCCCCUUCCAUUGCUUCUGGAUCCCCCCCCCCCACCCCGCCCAUCCCCAACCUCGUCACCCACUAACGGCUUUGUAGGAAGCACUUUUAAUGUUUUCUCUCUCACAAAGAUUUGAAGAAAAAUGUGCAUAUAUUUAUUCUGUAAUUUCAGUGAAGAAUUUAAUUGUAAAGGUAAUGUUAAAUCAAUGUAUAGUGAUUAUGCGUCUGGUAUAGCCUUCUUAAUAAAAACAAACUCUUCAAUCAAAACGAUGAAAGGGGUUGAUGCCACGGGAGCCUGUGUGUGGAGCACUGCUGAUGGGCUGUGUAUUUUGGUGUCUUGUUAAAGCGGCGCGUUGAAGCCGCGGCCAAACCAUCACGAUUUUAAAUGCUGCUGGAGAUGGAAGAAUAGCUGCUGAACCAAUAGGGUGCUAGACAGGAAUGUAGUGGAGGGCAAAAACAUUUUGGCUCAGUUCAGGUCCUUAUUAUUUUUGGAUUCAAUUAAUGGGAAAGGGUUGUUUUUUUUUUUUUUGUUCUGGAACAUAUCAUGUUUUCCUUUUUCUUUCAAAUGAUAGUUUGUUCUAUGAUUACCAGCCACUGGAUAUCACAGUGCAAAGUAGUUGUUUUUUAUUCACCACUACAUUACUGGUCUUAGUUGGAUGCAAUCUGAAGGUAAAGGGAUUGGGAAAAAAAUGACAAAAAAAAAAAAAAAAAAAUCAAAUGCCAGAAGAAGUCAAGUAAAUGCUGCUGGUUUCUGAAGAGGAUGAUGUGACAGGAUAUAUACCAAAUCAGUGAGGCACGCUGCAAUUUCAAUUAUCUAAACGGGUAUUGCUGAUGUAGGCUAAUAAAACAGUAAUUGAGAGGGA